AUGCCUCCUUCUCCUACAGAGCUCACCUUGACAAAGCGAGGGCUCGCAUUGACGGAUGAACCCGCCGGCGAAGCAUCCCGGCCUAACGGGGAGCGAAGACUGUGCCCCUCGCAGGGAAGAGCGAUACCAACCUUGGCUUACCGAGGGCUCAGCGCGGGGACCCGCGUCGGCGCCAGCUCCAGCCUAACUCAUCCCUCCGUGGGAGGUGGGAAGCGACAACCAUUUAGGGAGCGCGGUCGGGAGCGCAGAGGUACUUUCAAACUGGCGAGGCGGCCUGCUCGGCAUGGCCCGGCCGCUGGCGCCGGGCCCGGGCCGCCUCAGGGCCGCGGGGCGCGGGGGCGGCCGCGGAGCUCGCAGGCCACCGGCAGCCGCCGCCGCCGCAGCCCGCGGCCAGGCCCGGCCCGCCGCUCGCCGCUCCCCAUCGGGCGGCCCCGCUGGCAGCGCGGGGACGACGCCCCGCGGCCUUCGCCGCCGCCGCCGCGCGGGGAGGCCCCGCGGCGGGGUCGGGUGUCGGGGGCCGCCGCCCGCCCGGGGCCGCCCCCACCCCGGCGAGGCGCACACAAAGGGCGGCGGCGGCGGUCGGGCCGCUCACCUGCGGCGGGAGGAGGCCUCGCCGGCGGCAGGGCCGCGGCCUGCGCGCUGCGCCCGAGCCCCGCGCUGGCGUGGAGGGGCCCCCCGGGGCCAGGUGGGUGCGGCGGGGUGGUGGCGGCGGGAGCGCGCGGGAGGUGGCGGGAGCGCGCGGCCUUCCUCUUCCUCCUCUUCCUCCUCCUCACCCCGCUCCGGUCCCGCAGCGCCGGCCGCCCCCGCCUGCCCGCGCCCGCCGGCCUGCCGGGAGACCCGGACCCGGAGGAGGCCGUGAGCGAUGACAGCUCCCGGCACGGCGGCCGCGUGCGCGGCUUCCCCCACGAGCGGGGCAACUGGGCCACGCACGUCUACCUGCCCUACAUUGCCCAGGAGGAAUUCCUGGAGCUGCUGGAGCUGCUGGUGUCCCGCGCCCGCACCUACGUCCCGUCGCUGGCUGCCAUGGAGGAGUUCCACCUGAGCCUCUCGCAGUGCGUGGUGCUGCGCUACCACUGGAUAGAGCCCUUCGUUCGCUCCCUCAGGGAGCGCCUGGCCGCCUUCCACAGGUUCUUUUGUGUGGCUGACCAAGUGAAAGUUUACACCAACCAGAACAAAACCAGGACCUUUAUUGGCUUGGAGGUCUCUGCUGGGCAUUUCCAGCUGCUGGAGCUGGUCUCAGAGGUGGACGGUGUUCUAGAGGAAUUUGACCUUCCCACAUUCUACAAGGACCCAUCGUUCCACAUCAGCCUGGCCUGGUGUGUCGGGGACCUGUCUGGCAGGCUGGAAGGGCAGUGUCUGCGGGAGCUCCAGAACAUUGUGGAUGGGUUUGAGGAGUCAGCACUCCUGCUGCGUAUCCAAUGGGAGCAAAUCCGCUGCAAGUCAGGGAACAAGUACUUCUCCUUCCCCUUGAGGUAGGGCUGGGUGGGGCUGUGCAUUUUGGAGCCUCGAAGAGCCCGACACUGGAACCAGGACCGUUGUCUGGCACAGCUCUGCGUGGCGUGGGCUGGCACGCACCUCUGCGCUCUUUUGCCUGCUCAGCGUCUCUGCGGUGUUUGUGGCCUCAAGUCGGGCCACUUCCAGUUUGAGCUGCUGGCUGAAGAAAAGUGUGUUUGUAGCAGAUUUCAUCCUCGCUGCUGGAUGUGCUGCAGUCAGCACAGGCGGUUCCAGACAUCCCAUGGUCGCUAAUUUUGCUGAGUUUUUUAAAAAAAGAAAAAAAAUCUUCAAAAGCCAUAGAUGCCUUAUGGGAAGGAGGAAGAAGGUAGCGUGGGAAGCUGCUACUAAAGGGAGAAUGUCUCACACAGUGGGACGUAGCACUGCCAGAUUGUUGGGAGGCUCUGGGCAUGUUUUGAGUAGCAAGAGGGAAGGACAUGGAGCUGGAUCCUCUUCCAUGAGUGUUUUCCUACUGUAAGCCAGCUCAGACAAGCUCCUGAGUCAUGUUGUGUCCUUCUCACACUGCUGCUGCCUCUACUGUAGAGACAUUUCACUGUCUGAUCCUUUUGCCAAAGAACAAGAGCCUGCUGCCAGGUGUGGGUGAGCCCUGGAAUGGACAGUGUUGGUGUUUGCCUGAGCUGGGAGGGCAGUGCCCACAGGUGAGUCAGUGGGUAGUGGCUCCUGCUCAGGCUCCACACUUUUUCCCUGUGUGAUCAGCACCCCAGGUGGAUGAUGACCCAGGGGACUGAAGGCUGGACAUUGUCCCUUGGGAUAAACUCCUUUUUAAUCCUCUUUUUCCCUGCGGGUUGGUCAGCUGCAAACUCUCAGGUAGUUCGAACAGGAUGCUGAUGUGAUGGCCUGAAUAUUUUUAUUCCAUUUCUGUCCAUGACUUCUAAGCAGUAAAAAUCUGUCUCCUCGUGUCAUAAAA